AGCAGCAGCAGCAGCAGCCAGCCAGCCAUUUGGAUUGGAACAGCGGCCAAAAACUUGUUGGCUACUCUCUUCCUUCCCCUCCCUUCCAAAACCGCCAAACUGGAUUUCGUAUUAUAAAAGUUCCAACCUGCCCAUCUCGAUUAGCCGUUCCAUCCAGAAAAUGAACUCUCUGCUUGCUCCUGUAAAUCCUUCCUCCUCACUGAUUCCCCUCUCCUUGUGAAUUCCGAUUUUGAAAUCCCUUCUUUCCACACUCAAAACGCUCUUCUACAACCGAUUCGAUCUACGUCGCGUCCGUCUCUCGAGGCUCUUCUCCUGUUGGUUUGUUUCUACUAGCUUCUCUUCCCCCUGUACUGAUAAUCACCAUGCUCGGCGACGCUUACUAUGGGAAUUGGAAUACGAAUGCGGCGGCGGCGGCGGCGGCUCUUCUCCAGGAGCAGCGGAUUCCACCGAUUGUUCCUCCGCUUGAGCAGCAGCAAGAUACUAUUUCAAUCGACGAUGACGAAAUCUUGAGGCCCGAAUCCGAUUCCGACGAAUCCCCCGGAGCGCCUCUCCAUUGCGGCGGGAGGAUCGAGGUGUUCGCUCGCAGCGGGUUCUCUCCGCUGGCAGAGGACACCGUCCACCACUCCACCAUCAAGAAGUGCUUCCUCGACGGUCUAGGGCAGGCACGCGCCGCCGGAGUCAGGGUCACGGCUGUUCACAGGAACUCCCUCUCCGUGCCGAAUGCCAAGGCGCGCUUCUUCUCGUUCCGGGUCCACGAGAAGGCGGUGGCGGAGAGGCGCGGCGGCCACUCGAACGCUCGGUACGCUUGGUACGGCGGCUCCAGGGACGAGAUUCGCCAGAUUUUGAACUUCGGCUUCAGUCGGUGCAGCGGCGGUGGCGGCCUAACGCACGGUGUCGGCCUCCAUCUCUCCGCAAUUUCAUUUCCCACGGACUGCUUGGAAUCCGCGACCGCUGACCAGGAUGGGACGAAGCACUUGCUUCUCUGCCGCGUUUUGCUAGGGAAAGUGGAGGCGGUGCCUGCUGGCUCCAGCCAAUCAGCUCCCAGCUCCGUUGAAUACGACACUGGUGUUGACGAUUUGACCAAGCCCAGAAGAUACGUUGUCUGGAGCUCGUUCAUGAACUCCCACAUAUUCCCAGCUUUCGUAGUUUCUUUCAAGGACACAGCUAAUGUUCAUGGGUCGAACAGAGGCGCACCCGUGAGAUCCUCGAUGAGACCCAGAUCGCCAUGGAUGAGCUUUCCCUCUCUGAUGAGUGUUCUGUCAGGGAUGUUGGAUCCGCGCAUCAUGUCCAUGGUUUCCAAGAGCUUUGCGGACUUUCAGCGUCAUAGAAUUACCAGAGAGCAAAUGAUAAGAAGAACAAGGCAGCUUGUUGGGGAUGACCUGUUGUCCUCAGUGAUCAAAACUCACCAGAAGGUUUAUCUUUGAGCUGACGAGGGGUCUGGCGCGGCGGGCAUGAAUGGGGAUGAAGGAUGGACCAACAACAAUAAAGCCUAUGACUUAAUUGUGAAGUGAUCAUCAGAAAGCAAAAAACGGGAAGCAGUCAGCUUAGCAAUUUGUUAUUAGGGAUUGGGCGGAGAAGAAAGGCUUGUACUUUUUAGAUUAGAUUGUAAUCGAACACUUAACCAGAAAGAAAAGUAUUAUUGAAAGUUGUUUUGUUAGUCAUAGUUAAUAGGCCGAGACUUGACUGUGCUGGAGAAACCUUGCUCACACCCAAAUAUCGAAUAGAAAGGAAGUAAAAACCCACGCCACGCCACGUUUGGAGACUUGUCACUGUGGCCUUAUCCAGAGCUGCUAUUCUUCUCCGGUUUUAUCCAAUGGCAAACGGAUAGGAGGUCCAAUUUUUCAGAGAACUUGAAAAUAAAGGGUACCGACAUAUGCUGCAUAUGAGAUGAUCGUGGUCGGUUUGAUUUGAAUAGAGAGGGCUAUGGUACGUGUCGACUACUAGAAUUCAUCCAAUUUUUUGUUCCCUUCUUUUCUUUUGGUUAGGGAUAGUUUGGCCUUAAGUUCGGCAUAAGUGAUAGUUUUGAUCCGAACUUUUGAAUAUUACAGUUAUGGCCU